AUGCUGCCUUCCUCUUCAUCGGAAGUGCCUCGAUUCUUGAUCAGCGGGUUGUUGCUGCUCGGCGGGGCGGUGUUCAUCGCCCGCCGCAUCGGCAGCAAGCCAUGCGCUGCGUGCGGGGCUCCGGCGAGGAAGAAAUGCUCUCAAUGCGAGAACGUAUGGUGUUGUUCAGAAGCAUGCCAGUUAAAGCAUCAGGAAGCACAUCAUAGUCUAAAAUGGGAGCAGACAAGCCCAUCACAUGGUGUGCCUUCUAGCGUGUUACCAAUUGUUAGUUCAAUAACCACGGCACCUGCCUAUGGAACUCGUAAGGUGCUGCAAGACCCACAAAAGAUCCUCUUCUGCUAUGAUGAAUUUGAAAAGCUCUGGGACAAGCCAGGACUGUCUCCCCGUGGGCUUAUGAACUGUGGAAACAGUUGCUUUGUUAAUGUUGUAUUACAAUGUUUGGGAUGUACCCGACCACUUGCUUCCUACUUGGAGGGAGACCACCGUAGCAGAUGCAAGAGAAAAAAGAAUAAAUCUGUGCUAACUCACUUUCUGGGGGUUGGUACACUUGAUUGUUGGUGCCUCUUAUGUGACCUUCAAGCACAUUUUGAAAGAGCUAGGGAAAGCCUGCACCCUUGCUCUCCAACUUGGAUUGUAUCUCAACUAUCCAAAAUUAGGCCUUACCUUGGCAAUGGGAACCAGGAGGAUGCACAUGAAUUUAUGAGAUUUGUGAUUGAAGAAAUGCAGUCAGUGUGCCUUGAUGAGUUUGGAGGUGAAAAGGCCUUGGAUCUGAGCUCUCAAGGGACUACACUUAUCCAACACAUAUUUGGUGGUUAUCUACAAACUCAGGUGACAUGUACAAAAUGCAAUACAAUUUCAAAUAACUAUGCGAAUAUAUUCGAUUUAGAAGUUCAAAUUCAAGGUGUUGAGUCUUUGGAGGAAUGCCUAGAUCAGUUCACCUGCAUAGAGUGGCUUGAUGGUGAAAAUAUGUAUAAAUGUGCUCGAUGCAAUCAUUAUGUUAAAGCUUCGAUACAAUAUAGUGUUCAUCAAGCUCCAAAUAUUCUGACAAUUAUUUUUCAACGUUUUCAGGCUGGUACAUUCAAAAAGUUGAACAAUACUGUUACUUUUCCUGAGGACUUGGAUCUUACUCCAUUUAUGAGUGGGGAAAGAGAUGGUACUGACCUUUAUACACUUUAUGCUGUUGUUGUUCAUCUUGGAAAUUCUACAGCUGGUGGCCAUUACAUUUGUUUUACAAAAGACUAUAGUGGCCAUUGGUACAAGAUUGAUGACGCCAUGGUUGAGAUAGUGGAUGUGCAGCAAGUACUUGCUGAGAAAGCUUACAUGCUCUUAUAUAGCAGGAAAAAUGUACGUCAGAGGCCUCUCAUUAAGCCCAUGGAAGAAGGCUUAAGCAAAAAGCACCCAAAUGACUUCUCUUUUAGCGCUGCUAAUGUAACCAAUCAUAUUGAUCUUUUGUCUUGUUCACUGGCUGUCAUCAGUUCACAAUCAUCCCUUGACAUAGCUAACAAUGCUCUUAUCAAGGAUGGCACAGAGUUGCUGCAGAAUCAUAUACCAUUUGCUCUUGUUGAUGAUCUUAAACCGAGCUCAUCAAAACCAGAACAUCCUGAAGAUAAGGAAAAUUUGUCAUCCUCCAGGCUCAUGGAAUCUCAAGCCAAAACCACACACUCUAAAGUUCAAGUCAUGGAUUUUCCAGAACCAUGUUGUAGUCUAGACGAAGAGUGUUGCACUGAAGAGUCUAAUGGUUCAACCAUUGUCAUGGAAAAACCUAUGUCAGAAGGCUCAUGUUAUAGUAAUGAAAUUGACACUGAAAUGGCCAAGACACUAGUGCCAGUUGAGCAACUUCCAGAUGAUUUAUUAUUCAAGCCAGAGCUGGCAGAAUUAGGUUCUGGUUCUUCAAGUUCAGCAUAUGCAGAUGAAGACACUCCAAAAGGUUCGCUGUCCAAUGGUUUCAAGAGGAAAUCAGAACUACUCUAUACUGAUGGUUGCCUUGACAAGCUUGCUAGAAGGAAGUGUUCUGGAGACAAGGGAAAAACUAUAGUAGAAAAUUCUGGAACUUCCAUUAUAAACAGUGUCUGUGAUUGCUCCGGUGGACAUUCUUCUACCUGACUUGGUUCGGCAAAGAAAUCAAUGCCAUUAUGAUUUUAGCUUCUCAUCGAUAUCUGAGAGGUGGGGCACACUUUAUGGGUUAUUGAUUUGUUAGUCCUUCCAUGCUAGGUGUUUCCUGAAUCCCAAGCAAUUGAUUAAGAACAAGAUUUUCACUGAAACUACAGGUGUUCUGCAGAAUUAGCUUACUGUUGUCAAAAUUGAAAACACACACAUACUCAGACACACAUUAGUACUGUUCUUUUGGAUCAGUAGAAGAAUUCCCUUGAUUCAUGAUGAGAUUUCAAUCCUGCUGUGGUCACCCAUGCAAUGUUGCCAGCAACUGGUCUGCUGAAUGGAUGGUUGGAUUCAAGAGUUAAAAUAGACACAUUCAUCUUGUGCUUCUGUUCUGAAAAACAGUAACUGUGUUUGAUGCCUAUCAAAGCAAUCAAUAAUAGUCCAAUGACUUCUCAACUUGCACAUCAAUGUAAAGCCAGGACAUUUUUCUGCCAGACAUUGGGGUCACAUCUGUUUUUGCAACCCAGGUUCCACAAGAAAAACAAAAAGACAAGCAAAAUACUUCUUGUCCAAAGGCCAUGAUGAUCCUCAUUGCUACAUUGCCAUUUGUAUCUACCACCAUCACAGGUGACUAACUACUCUUUUUCACAGAUCAAGCUUUAACUUUCUUAGAAGAGUAUAUACACUAUAAACUUGUCAUAUGUCAUAACCAUAGGAACAAAACUCUAGAUAGUGUUUUUAACUGUUUGUCAAUGGAGAUUUAUGACAAAUUCAUAGCAUGAAUC